CUCUGUCAAAAUAAAAAAGGCAGAGCUUACGCCAGAUACAACAUCUCAUCAAGGAUAUCUGACAUUAAUCGGUUUGAAACAAAAGACCUUGUAUUUGAUUUUGUUUCAGUCAGAUGGGUCUACCCAUGGACGACAUCCACGCACCAACAGUUACCUCCGGGCCAACGACAUCCGGCAGCGGGGUUGCCAAUGGCAGCAACCUGGAGCACCUCUCCUUAAUGGAGCUCAUUGCUGAAAAGGACAAGGUGGAGGAAGAAUUAAAAGCCCUUGGGAGCGUACUUGACUCUCAUAAUGUCAACAUGAAUACCUCUCUGACCACAUUCGACGGAUACCCCCGAGCAGAUAUCGACGUCGCGCAGAUUCGCACGACUAGAGCUCGAAUCAUCCGCCUCCGCAACGACUUCAAAAACCUCAUGUCCAAGAUCGAAACAGGCCUUCACUCGCACUAUUCUGCAGCUGCCGCCGCCGCCGCCGCCGCAACAUCACAACCACCUGCAACUCAUCACGAAGGUCCAACAGUAGGCGGCGCUUCCACAGCGAGUAGCGUGCCAGGAUCCGUCAACGCGGCGAGCGCGUCCGGACUUAUCGAGACACCAUUUGCCAAAGUCAAUAGCGUAGUGGAAGGUAGUCCGGCCGAUGAAGCUGGUCUCAAGGCCGGGGACAGAGUGCGACGGUUCGGCACAGCGACGUGGCUGAAUCACGAGAAGUUGACAAAGGUUGCUGAGGUGGUGCGGCAAAACGAAGGUCGCCCAAUACAAGUCAAAAUCGUUCGCAAAAAUCCCAUGACCCAAGCCGACCAGGAACUACUCUUACAUCUCACGCCACGCUCUGGCUGGGGUGGACGCGGUCUACUCGGCUGUCAUCUUGUACCCGCAUAGACUUUUGUUUUCCUUUCUUCAUUUACUAUAUUCGUGCUUCCAAGUCAACCCCUUGGGCCCUUAUUCUCCGUGUUUGCUUCCCUCUUCCCCAUUUUCCCCCUUUACUUCUACAAUGUAUGCCUGCUUUGGCUCCUUAUACCUCUUGCGCUACCACGCUACCAGGCGCUGUUACUAUUAUGAUGUUUUAUGCCUUAUAUUCUACAUGAUACAUUUCUAGCGAAUCUAGGUUUUCCUCCGGUAUC